UGUCCCUGCCCGUGGCAGGGGCUGGAACUGGAUGAUCGUUAAGGUCCAUUCCAACCCAAAACAUUCUAUGGCUCCACGUUGCUCCCUGUGCCAGAGGCUGCAGUGCCCAGGAUGUGGAACCGGCUGCUCUGUGACAUCAGGCCGGGGCCGAGGGUGUGGCAGUGCUGUGGGCACUGCGGCAGUGCUGCGGGCUCUGCGGCAGUGCUGCGGGCACUGCGGCUGUGCUGGUGCACGGAGGCUUUGCUCCCGCAGCUGGCACAAGCCACGGGCAGCAAUGCUGCUGCUCGGCCUCCUGGUGCUGCUGGCCACGUGCCGGCCUGUGCCGGCCAUGUGGAACACCUGCGAAGGAAGCUGUGGGCUCCGGCCCUUGACUUCUGAUGAGGAGCAAGGCAGGACACGCGUCGUGGGUGGCAAAAGUGCCGAGGCAGGGGCCUGGCCCUGGCUUGUCAGCAUCCAAGAUCCCUCGGUUUCAGGCACUGGGCAUCUGUGUGGAGGGUCCCUCAUCAACACACAGUGGGUCCUCACAGCAGCCCACUGCUUUGCCGACUCCAGGAACAUCAGCGCCAUGCGCCUGCUGAUCGGGGCCACCCAGCUGACUGAGCCGGGCCCUGGGGCCGAGGUGCGCCUGAUUAAGCGGCUGCUGGUUCACAAGGAAUACAGUUCUGCCGACCAGAGGAACGACAUCGCGCUGCUGGAACUGAACGAGCCCGUCCAGUGCAGCUCCUACAUCCAGCUGGCCUGUGUGCCCAACGCCACGCUGGAUGUGGCACAGCUGGAAACCUGCUAUGUCGCUGGCUGGGGUGCCACUACGGCAAGAUCUCAGAAAUCAAGUGAUGUCCUGCAGGAAGCCAAGGUCCACCUUAUCAAUGUCCAGAUCUGCAACAGCAGCGAGUGGUACCAGGGGGACAUCCAUACCCACAACUUGUGUGCUGGCUACCCGGAGGGUGGCAUCGACACCUGCCAGGGUGACAGCGGGGGUCCACUCAUGUGCAAAGACAACAGCGCUGACUUCUUCUGGGUUGUCGGAGUGACCAGCUGGGGGAGAGGCUGCGCCAGAGCAAAACGGCCUGGAAUAUACACUUCUGUUCAGCACUUCUAUGACUGGAUUCUCAUCCAGAUGGACCUACUUCCACAGGUAGAAGCUUCUCGAGCAUGGAGUCAUUAUACAACCACCUCACGACCCUGGACUCAUCAUACGAACACCCCAUGGCCCACUCAGAAGCCAUGGCCAAGACCACCUUCCACUUAUAAGCCAUGGCCAACAACACUUCCCACUCAUAAGCCAUGGCCAACAACAGUGCCUACUCCAAGGCCAUGGCCAUCAACACUUCCCACUCAUACGCCAUGGCCAACAACACUUCCCACUCAUAAGCCGUGGCCAACAACACUGCCUACUCCAAGGCCAUGGCCAACAACACUUCCCACUCAUAAGCCAUGGCCAACAACAGUGCCUACUUCAAGGCCAUGGCCAACAACAGUGCCUACUCCAAGGCCAUGGCCAACAACAGUGCCUACUUCAAGGCCAUGGCCAACAACACUUCCCACUCAUAAGCCAUGGCCAACAACACUGCCUACUCCGAGGCCAUGGCCAAAACCAACCCCCACCCAGAAGCCAACUUCGAUACCCACGCCAGUGGAAGAGAUUAAGAACUUCCCAUGUCCACUCAAGAAGCUGACGGAAUUCUUCACUCAGAUCAAGGAGCUCCUGAAGAACCUACAGGGAAUCCCAGUUUGAGCAGGAGAAUGGACAGGAUCCAGUGCAGGUUGCAUGGGACUGUGACCGUUUCCUGCUGAGGCAGUGCCUGCUUUAUCCAAAGGCCAUCUCAGUGCCAAAGGCCUGCUCUGUCCUGCCCAUGUUGCUCCUCUACACAUAUGCAAGUGCUGAUGUUGACUUAGUUACUGAAAUAAAGUUGCCUAUGUUUGCAGUUAACCAUGCUUUCAGUCCAGUUUGGUCUCCUGGGCAAGGCAAGGACUUCCUUGCUCAGGACCUGCAAAAUGAGGCUGCCUCAGACCACUUGGACACAAAGAGACUCACUCUAAAGGGCUGGAACUGUGUCUGGUCAAAGAGGAGAGUGGUCAGAGCCACCACAGGAUGGAGAAGACUGGCAGAUCAAGGCUAGGAAGAGGACAGGAGGAGACAAUGCCACAUGCAGAGACACCCUGGGGAGGGACAUAGUGAGGCACACAAGCUGGUGACUGGGGCCUGACAAAAGCCUUAGCUAACGGAGCAGACCUGGGAAGCUCCUGAGCAUGACAAGCAAAAUUUCUGACUGUCACAAAGACAGGGAGAAGCUGAAAGGAGCUACAGUGCCCUAAGGAAGAACAUGAUUUCACAGGUAGCAAAAGGACAUUGAUGUGUGAGGUGGCCACACCUCACAGAUGUUUGAAGGAAGAGUGGGGUCAUUCUGGGGAGAAGAACCUGGUAGAAGCAGAAGGACCCAGGAAACCACAUCUGUAAUGCCAUGGAAGGCCAAGGUGAACUAGUUAACAGUGCCUGAAAUAGAUGGGACAAAUCAUCUGUUCACAGGUGGGACAAACCUUGGAUUCAGGUGGAAUAGAUAGCAGGGAGGAGAGAAGGGCAGAGAAAGAGAGCUGUCAAGGAAGAUGAGGGGGAUGUGUAAGCAUGGCAGAUAGGGAGAAGGGAGGAUCAAGGAACCAGUCUCACAGACACAAGCGGCAUCCUUGCCUCACAUUCCAGGUGCCACCACUGCCCUUGUCAGUGUGAGCCCAGAACAGCACUAGCCAUUGUAGACAUCAAGGACAGGGAGCCUCCCAGAGGAUGUUGCUGUGGCUGUGGCCAGCAUGGACUGUGCUGCAUCCAUGUUUCCUGUGCUUUGCACAGGAAGGAUGACACUGUGUGGGUAUCUCUGGCAUAUUUGACUUGUGCUGCACUGCUCACCUGCCGUGGCUGUAACCAGAUUGGACAUGUGCAUGCUGUCUGCUGGAGCCAUGUACUCUAGUGGGUGUUUUUUGGGAAGGAGCGUCUGGCAAGCAGCUGCAGAGGGCAGGGUGAUAGUGAACCUCCCAAAGAGACCAUGAUGCCACACAGGGUGUUUUCCUGCAGGCUGUUAACUGGAAGUUCUGGAGCCCCUGCAAACAGAUGGGCUAGAAUAAAGCUGGAGAGUGACUUUUUUACAAGGGCAAACAGUAAUGGGACAAGGAGGAAUGGCUUUAAAGUGAAGGUAAAUUUAGAAUAGAUAUUAGGAAGAAAUUCUUCUCAACCAUAGGAACUCCGCGGCUUCAAAGCUGCAGUCAAAGCAAAUGUCACAACCAUCUCCUCCUCAGAGAUGGAAAAAGCCUGUCACAGUCAUUACCCUGACACAAGCACCUACCAGCAGCUUCGAACUGCUCAUUCAAAUGCCAAGUGACAGGCAGAUAUUUCCAGUAAGAAAUACAGCCCUCUCUGAGCCUUUGGUUGCAUCACCCACCAGGACAGCAUUGCCUCAGCCUUCUCUGGCCGGGGCUGUGACCUGCUGGAGUCACUUGAGCUUAGCUGGGCUCAGCUCUGGCCAUGGGGCCCAGACAGACCUCGUGGCACUGCUGGAACUGGAGAGAGGUUUGAUUUUUCUUGUCAUAAACGUCUUCGUUAGGAGGAAGCUGUCAGGAGAAGGGGCCAUGAGACAACUUCCAGCCUGCCUAUUGUUUUCCCAGAUGCGUUCGCGUGGUGGAUUUCUAGAAGAAAAUAUCCCCACAAACCGCAAUUGGGAAUUUAAAAUAGCACUGGGGGAAACUGUGUAUGCUGUGUAGUGGCUCGAUAAUUAAGACGGAUCUAAACCCUACAAGCGGGAAUGUAAGGGAAGGAUUACAAACCCUCCCUCGGCCCGGGCGCGCCAUCGCCGGGACAACGCUGCCCCCUGGCGGCGGCCGGCGGGAGCGCGGGCGGCGGGCGCUGCCCUGGGGAGUGCCCGGGGAUGAUCCCGGGAGCGGCCCGGGAUGUGCCCGGGAGCGCGGGCACUGCUCCAUUCCUGCCCGCCGCCGCGCCUCCGACGCCGCUGCAGGCAGCCGCUGCCUCUGACACGUCGCGUCGGUGCUGCCUUAGACACUGGCAAUUACUGGUGACACCUGACUUCGACUGGGUUAAAUAUUUUCCCACUCCGGGCCGUGUAUUUGCACAGGAAGGAUCAGCAAGUCACGUCUGCUGCCGUUCCCUCUGCACCAGCUGCCCGAUGUCCUUGGUACCUGGCCGUCAGUUCUUAAUGUACAUCAACAUGCACUGAUAUACAGCCAGCCUGAUCUUUGACUCACCUUUGGAGCAGCAACACAUUUUCUCAACAACAAAUUAUACUUUGACAUUAGAAGGUGGCAAUCUGUAAUGGAUAUUGCAAUCUGAAGAUUGAAAGAGACUAUCUGUGAUCUUUGUCCUCAGCCGAGCAAGCUGGAGUCUCUCUUCCCUCCUACACAUUAUUUGAUUGUGGGACAUAACCUUGGGAUGUACUAAUAAUCAUUAGUCAGAGCUGAUGUAUCCAUAACGGGCCUGCCCUGCUCAGGGAGGGAGACGUUCUCUAGAACAGUAGUAAAUCAGCAAAACAUGCACUUAAAUAUACAGUAAAAUGUGGUUUGAGACACGGUCCUUCAUACAUCAUGUAACAAAAUGUUUUAUUGAGAGAGUCACACACAGUCUAGUGAGGAAAGAGGGCUGCCAAGACAAAACCUGUGAAGGGGAAGCAGUUCAGUGGCAGGAAGGGGCUGGGGGGGAUUUCUGAGCAGCUCCUGGUCCAGGGGAAAUUGUGACUCCCCAGGUCCUUCUCUGCCCUUUCGUAGCCUCGGACAAGCUGGCAGGAGAGGGAAGGGAAGGCAAAGGCAGAAAGGGAGCCCUGUAGAGCUGUCCAGACACAAUGAGCCUUAAAGGCCUGACAGAGGCAGUGAAAGGGUCAGCUUGCCAGGAGUGAGAGAUCCGUUCUGCUGUUCACCAGCUUUGCAGGUCAGGCUGCUACUUUGUCAUUUGGUUUUGCUGCUAAGCAGCUGUCUUUUAGGAGCUGAAUGUUGCAGGAACUGUUAAAGCAUCUCCUUUUCUUUUUUAAACAGGCAUUUAUCAUUAUUAUUUAAAUCUGAGUGAAUAAAUAACACAUGCAUCUGC